AUGGCCGACAAAGCUCCCGUGUCUCUCUCUACUCCUCCCGCAGCCGGCCAGCUUGUUGAGCAUGCGGGUAUUACUUAUACGACGGUCAAAGAAGGCCACGCGCACAUCCUUGUCCCGCCAGAAUCCAUCGUGCCUACACAGGCUAGUAAAAACCAGAAGAAACAUCAAAAGAGCAAAGGAGAAACGAAUGUAGGCGCGGAUGCAGUCAGGCAGAGCGUCUUUUAUAAUCCGAUACAGCAAUUCAAUCGAGACCUGAGUGUACUGGCGAUAAGAGCUUUUUCGGAGGACUAUCUAGACAGAAAAAAAAGGAAAAGGGAAGCUGCCACGUUAAGGAGAGAAAACAAAGACAAAAGGAGGAAGGUCGAGGAGACUCAUGGAGAGAUCGCUAGAGACACCGUGGACGCCGGUCAAUCGAAGUCAAACCACGAGGAUGUGUCCAUGGUGGACGUGGAAACAACAACUGGAUCUGCUGGUAGUGAUGCGAAUCAUAACGAGAUGGCACAUAAGAGGAAGGCAGAUGAUGCUCAUUUGGACCAAUCAAUCUCGGACUCGGAUCUUCUACUUGCGGAGCAAAACCUACCACAAUCGACAGGACUGGGCAAUGUGGCGGCGCCUAAACCACAGCGGCCUGAUAUUCGAAUAUUAGAUGCACUAUCUGCAAGUGGACUCCGAGCUUUGCGAUACGCUAAGGAGCUUCCAUUUCACACUGCCGUUACUGCGAAUGACCUGUCCAAACAGGCUACUGAGGCCAUAAGAGUGAACGUGGAGCACAAUAGACUUCAGGACCAAAUCACGGCCAGAACAAGCAAUGCAAUGGCGCACAUGUACAGCUUCGUAUCUUCAGAUGGAUCGAACGAGAGUCAGAAGUAUCAUGUCAUCGACCUAGACCCGUACGGCACUGCAGCACCAUUCCUUGAUUCUACUAUGCAUGCUAUUCAAGAUGGCGGGCUACUCUGCGUUACUUGUACGGAUUCAGCUAUAUUUAAUUCAACUGGCUACCUUGAGAAGACAUAUACACAGUACGGUGGUCUGCCUAUCAAGGGAUGGCAUCUGCAUGAGGGAGGCCUGCGAUUGGUACUUCACAGUAUCGCCACUACAGCAGCUAGAUAUGGCAUGGCCAUUGAACCUCUGCUAUCUCUUUCCAUCGAUUACUACAUCCGUGUGUUCGUGCGAGUGCAUAAGUCACCUGCGGAUGUCAAAUUCUUGGCUGGUAAGCAGAUGAUCGUCUACAAUUGCGAUGCUGGCUGUGGUGCAUGGAAAACCCAAUAUCUAGCUCGAUCUGAGCCAGUAACGAGGAAAGAUGGGAGCGUGUACUACAAGCACAAACUUCAGCAAGCCCCAAGUGCCUCGCCAUUAUGUGAGUUUUGUGAAAAGAAGAUGCAUCUCUCAGGGCCUAUGUUCGGUGGCCCGCUGCACAAUCCCGCAUUCAUAGAGAAGAUCUUGAGUUAUCUGCCAAACUUGGAUGGAGACGUCUAUCAGACCAUACCCAGGAUGGAAGGCAUGCUGCAGACGGCAUACGACGAGAUUUUUGACGACAAGCCACAAUUACGAGAUGAUACGUCUGAACACAACGACAAUACGCGUAUUGGAACAUCAGGUUUGGAGGCAAAAGGAAGCAAUGAUAUGAUACCGCGGAUGAAUCCGGCAGCUAUCGACCAUUUCCCUUUCUACUUCAUUGCCAGCCAUACGAGCUCGGUCAUCAGAUCUCGAGCACCUCCUGACGCAGCUGUCAAGGGAGCUUUGCGUCAUGCUGGCUAUCGUGCCACAAGAAGUCACACCAAGCCUGCUACUAUCCGCACAGAUGCACCAUGGUCAUUCAUCUGGAAAGUUUUCCGUGCCUAUGCUAGAGAGAACGACGCUAUCAAAGAAGGUGCCUUACCAGAAAGCUCGCCUGGAUUCAACAUCAUGAAGGUGGAUGACACGCCCAAAGAGGGCGAAAAUACCACUCCAAAAAUCAUAUUCGAUGAAGAGCUGGGGCGUGACAAGGUAAGCAAAAAAUUGGUCAGAUAUCAGACCAAUCCACGCGCCAAUUGGGGACCAAUGCGCCGUGCGAAAUGA